AUGUCAUCCAAAGAUGCAGCCAAAACAGCCUUCAGAACUCUUAUUUGCAACUUUUACUACACCGUCAUGCCCUUCAAUCUCAAAAAUGCUAGAGCCACCUAUCAAAGGGCUAUGACCGCAAUCUUUCAUGAUAUGAUGCACAAGGAAAUUGAAGACUAUGUGGAAGACAUUGUUGUAAAGUCAAAGACAAGAGAAGAUCAUCUUGCUAUCUUAAGAAAAGACUUUGAAAGGUGUCGGCUCUACAAGCUUCACAUGAAUCCACUCAAAUAUGCCUUUGGAGUUACGGCUAGAAAAUUUCUGGGAUUUCUUGUUCACCAAAGAGGCAUAGAUGUUGGUCCUAGCAAAGUGCAAGCCAUUGCUACUAUGAAGCCACCUAUUACACUCAUGCAGCUCAAAAGUUUUCUUGGAAAACCACUCAAGCUGCAUUUGGUUACCAAUGAAGAAGCAAUUAGGGCACUCAUAGCCCAAGAUGAUCAAGAAAGGAUUGAGCGACUAGUUUACUAUAUUAGUAGAAAGCUAAAGGAUGCUGAAACCUGCUACCCCAGGGCUAAAAGGGCUUGUGUUGCUCUAAUAUAUGCUGCCCAGCAAUUGUGUCACUAUCUGCAAGCUCACAUAAUCAUCGCAAUCACCCCAACAACUAUAAGAGGUCAAGCCAUUGCUGAUUCGUUGUCAAACUUUCCUAAAGAAGACAGCUGGAACAUUACUGAUGAUGUACUUGGUAAGCUGCCAGAAAUUGCACUAAUGGAAACAGUUGGAGCUAUUUGGACUUUACGUUUUGAUAGAUCCUUUACCACUUCUAAAGGAGGAGCUAGAAUAGUCCUAUCCAAGAAUAUCGGAGAAUCAGUGGCUAUGUCAUUCAAGCUUGAUUUUCCAUGCACCAACAAUAUGGUUAAAUAUAAAGCGUACCUCAUGGGCCUAGCGGUGGCUCGUGAAAUGGGUAUUAAACAUCUUCAACUAAUUGGAGAAUCAAAUCUGGUUGUUUGCCAAGCUAAAGGAGAUUUUGCACUCAAGGAACCAUCUUUAGCUCUAUAUAGAGCUAUGGCUCAAAGGUUGGAGGACUCUUUUGAAGAGUUCAAUAUUGAACACUCUCUAAGGUUCGACAAUCGCUUCAUCGAUGCUUUAGCUACCUUGGGAUCAAAAGUCAGUUUUGAGGAUUGGCAAUCAUCCCUUAAAGAAGCAUUGUUAUUACCCGAUGAGAAAGAUCAUUUGAAGGUGCUUAAAGAUUACACUCUAAUGGCAGGAGAGCUAUACAAAAAUCUUCCUGGAGGAGUUCUAGCUAGAUGCUUAAGCCCUGAUGAGUCCACUAAGCAAUUAAAAGAAGUUCAUGAAAAAUAUUGUGGCUCUAGCUGUUCUAUCAGUCUUUACAAACGCCUUCUAGCAGGGCUUGAUCUAGUAGGCCCAAUCAAUCCAGCAUCCAAAGGCCAUAUUUGGAUACUAGUGGCUACCAAGUACUUUACAAAAUGGGUUGAAGCCACUCCCCUAAAGAAGGCUAUAGGCCUAGCUGUUGCAAAUUUCAUCCGAGAGCACAUAAUCUGCAAAUUUGACAUCCCUCACAAGAUUGUUACUGAUAAUGGCACUCCUUUUGCCAACAAGGAUAUUCGAAAGUUACUCGACCAUCGUCACAUCAAGCACCGCAAGUCCACUACCUAUUAUCCACAAGGCAAUGGUCAAGCGAAAGCUACCAACCGAGUGCUAUUAAGAAUUCUCAGCAAAAUGGUGCAUGAAUAUGAGGGUGGCUGGAUUGAACACCUGCUGGAAACCUUGUGGGCAUACCAAAGCUCAAGAAAAAUAGCCAUCAGAUUAUUACCAUUUUCUCUUGUAUAUGGUACCGAGGCUAUAUCUCUAGUUGAGCUAUUGGUUCCCACCCCAAGGGUUGUUCAUGGACAAGAAACAGACAUGGAUGCUGCCACUUGUGCAGAAAUUAGAACUACAAACCUUGAAACCUUGAAGGAGACAUGA